GAAGCCAAACAGACAUUUCACCACCAGAUCAGGCCUGACCGAGCUCGAACCUGAACCAGGGGACAUUUCACCCUCAGGACCAGGCCUGACCGAGCUCGAACCUGAACCAGGGGACAUUUCACCCUCAGGACCAGGCCUGACUGAGCUCUAACCUGGACCAGGGGACAUUUCACCCUCAGGACCAGGCCUGACCGAGCUCUAACCUGAACCAGGGGACAUUUCACCCUUAGGACCAGGCCUGACUGAGCUCUAAUCUGAACCAGGGGACAUUUCACCUUCAGACUGGAGGAUCAGGCCUAGCUGAGCCCUGUGAACCUGUACCAGGGGACAUUUCACCAUCAGACUGGAGGAUCAGGCCUGACUGUGCUUUAACCUGAACCAGGGGACAUUUCACCCUCAGGACCAGGCCUGACCAAGCUCUAACCUGAACUACCAGCAGAGGAAGUGAAUUAAAAAACAGGAAGUGAGCAAACAGGGCCGGCGUGCUGAGUGUGAGGAAACAAACAUAAGAGCCUGUUGGUGUGAACAGAUCUGGUCUGUGGUCAGAGUGUCGACACCAAACAGGAAGCAGAGGCACAAACAGAUGCAUGAUGGGACUGAAGACGCUGCUGCUCCUCUCUCUGCUCGCUGUCCUGGGGCUGAUGUUGGUGGCCGGUAGCCAUCAUGGCCGCUCCAUGCCUGGAUCUCCCUUCAACAUCAGCAGGAUCGACCACGGCCUCCAGGAGGUGGUCCUCUCUGCCGCCUAUUCCUUUAACAACCAAUCAAACGACGCCUUUCUCUUCAGACCCUCCACCAUCCACAGUGCACAGAGACAGAUUGUGAAGGGGAUUCGGUACAUCGUAGAUUUGGAGAUUUCCAGAACCGUGUGCCGUAAACGAGACAACAACAGCGACCUGUCCAACUGUGACUUUCAGCCCAAAGGUCGUCUGCACCAGACUUUUCGGUGUCACUUGGAGGUUUGGGUGAUUCCCUGGAAGAAUCAGAGCAUGACGCAGGAGUUUGUCUGCAAGGCCUGAAACCACCGUAAACUGACCGUAACCUUCAUCUUCUCCAUCAUCUUCAUCUUCAGCCAUCUUAAUCCUCAGUCGUUUAGUCACGUGGAGGUCCCAAGCAAAGACCAAUAUGAGACCCUUUCCUGUUUAUCUAAAGUAAAUCCUAGUGAGAGACCUAAAUAGUUUUAAGCUCCUCUUUUCAGGAAACAAAGUCAGAGAAGGACAGGACAUUCUCACAUAAUAAAUCCAAAUCCACAAAUAGCCAAGACUCCUCAGCUCUUAGAAGAGCGGAUGUGACAACAAUCUUUCCUUUAUGUUGACUGUCAUUUGUUAGCAACUUUUACAAAAAUUGCCCACUCUGUCCUACUAUUUGGCAAAAGGACCCAACAUCUCCAGCUUCACCAGCAUCCCAUCCUCUGCCUUUGAUAAUGACAUCAUCAGAGCUUAAAAAACAUUCCAUCCUUGCCUUUUGCAUGCAGACAGUCUAGAACCCCCUGGUUUUAGUCAUUCGAAAAAGUCCUUAAAAUUCAUUUCCUCUCCACUUUUCCAGAACCCCAUUGAAAACUUGACAAGAGUAAGAGUAUAGGAAAGGACAACUGUUGUGAUAAAAGAUUCUGACUGCUCUUACCCUGGGUGGAUGUUAGCCUUAUAUCUCCACAGGAUGAGGAACAGUGACUGUUAACAUCUAGAACAGAAUAUCUACGAAUCUGAACCCUCUUCAAAUGUUGCAAUCCAUUUAAACUCGGAAUUUAGAAAUGCCAAGUCAAAAAUGCACCCUGAACUUGUAAUUCUGAGUCAGGAAGUCGGACCGAGCCCCAGUAUCCCCAGAGUUGAACAAAUUUUUUCAGGUGUGACAUCAUCCCCAGCCCAGAGGCAGACUUUACCAUGAGGUGAAGGUAGGCAAUUACCUAGGGUCCUGGACUCCUAGGGGCCCUGUGAACACAUUAUUAGUUUAACUCCUUCUUCUGCACCGGCCUGUAUUCAUGUUUCAGUAUUUUGAAGUUGGGCUGUAUGAGGUAUGUCGCAGUAGCAGUGGCAUUAGUCUCCAGUGAUUCCAGAGAUCAUUGCUCCUUUAAGAAGAACUCACUGGUUGUACCAGCCUGGAAGCUAGGCUAUACAGUGUAACAGAUGGGUACGGGUUUCUCUGCUGAAUUUAACGAGUUUUUGGAAAAAAAUGGACCACAAAAAAGUUGGCUGAAAAGUAUGCACUACUGAAAAGUUUUGAAGCAUUUUAUUUUUUACCCAGAAAGCCUCUGUGUGUUUGUCACUGUUUUGCAAUGCAGGCUUUGGCUAUCGGGUUUAUGCUCUUGAAUUUCAAAACAGAGAGAAAAACACGAAGGCUUUCUUGUUUAAGAGUAAAAAGCUUUAAAAGUUUUCAAUAGUAUUGAGCCAACAUUGUUUUGUGGCCCAUUUUUACCAAAACCUCACUAAGGCCCCGUCCACACGGAGAUGAAUUCAGGAGUAUAUGCAAAAGUUUUUUUGUACUGGCGUACAAAAACGACUACUGUUUUGUCUCCGUGUGGACGGCCAUCUGCAUCUUUCUUGAAACGAUUACGUCACACAUGGCGUAGCUCUCUGAAGACGCCUGCUCAGGUCUGGCCAAAACAACUACAGCGGACUACAGGGUUGUGUUCGUCCUGCAGAAGCUACUGUGCUUGUUAUGGCUUUUACAGCCAAAUCCUCCUUUACCACCACCGUGAAACGCACACACCAGAUGUUUUUAAAUCCAACGUGGAGAACAACCAGGAGGGCAACUAGAAGAAAGUUUGUGUCAGUUUUCUGUGAUCUUCUUCCCUCUUUUGGUGCAUUUUUGUGGCAGCAAUCCAGCACCACGUACAGGCUUAGCACUACAGCGUUUUCAGUCAUGUUCAGUGGUUCCAUGCUUACGUGGAUAUUUCCUGAAACGAUUGUGUCUUUACGGAAAACUUUCUUAAAACGAAACAGCAAUAUAUACACUGAAAUCACUGGAGGCUAAUGCCACUCCUACUGCUACGUAGCUCAUAUAACUCAACUUCAAAAAUACUGAAAUAUCCCUUCAACAUGUCAUUUGUUGCAGCUAAUAUUUUACUAAAAAAAUUUAAAAUAUUAUUUUACUAUUACCUUUCUUUUCUUUUAACUAAAUUAUUUAUAAUUGACAUCUGAGAAAUGUAGAGGUUUGGCCAUUUUUUCAGAGGGUUUAGUUUGUAAAAACAUGCUCAAAACAAAAACAAAACAAAAAAAAAUCUUUUUUUUUUUUUUUUGAGGAAAUUGUCAUUUUCUAUUUAAAUAAACAUUCAAAUGUAGUAUUUCUCACCCUAAAUCUAUUUACAGUCUCCAAAUUGACAUUUUGGGCAUUUAAAAAAAUUGCCAAACAAUAGAGUUUGGUAACAUUUUGAUUUUUUUCUGUUUCUGGUGCUAAAUCAAUACUUUUUAUACAGCACUGGUGACUAAAAGGUUCCUGAAUCGACAUGUUUGAGGGGAAUAAACAUGUGUUGAAAGUCAGUGGGAGAAUAAAAGGUGCCAUAAAGGAUUUGCAGAGAUAUAUUUAUAAGGUGCUGGUCAAACAUGGGGUGUAAAAGGAAACCACUGUACCUUGACACAUCACACAAAUUAACAAAUCUCUAUAUCUCUAGUCUUAAAUUUGGUGGCAGGUUGUCAAAAAUAUAGUGCUGAUGUCUGUGUUGUAAUUCUGUCUGGUAGGUAUCGGAAGUGUUGGUACUGGUUGUCACUGGUUCUCAUCCCCACUAAACAGCCAUUUACAGUUGGUUUACAUUAAGUUUAUAAUACUUCUUUCUCUGCUAAAUAAGAUUUGAAAAGGGGGGAGAAAAAUGGAUGUGAAGGGCCCUAUGCCAGUGUUCACUUUGGGCCCCAAAAUUGCUAAGGCCACCACUGUCCCGGCCCCAAUAUCAGACUUCCAUGGUAAACUGAACGCAGCAUCAGUAUGAGGGGGCGAUAUUUAAGUCCUUCUGUUUUGUGAUGGUUUUAAUUGAAUCGUUUUGUUUUAUUCUCUAUUUAUCCAUUCUAUCUUUAAUUACCUUGUUUCUAAGUUGAUAAAUACUGAAGUGUACUCUAGUUCUGUCAUUCUUUCAGCUCAUUGUUAAAUUGUGAAACUAUAAACCACAAAUAAAAAGCCUCCUAUAAAUAUUUUCUUUCUUACUUUUAUAACAUAAUGUAUUACCCAGCCCUACCUUUCGUGGUUCUAUCUUGAGGUCCCAGGUAGUUGCCCUUAUUGCCUGAUGGUUGAACCUCCUAUAAAUUAAGGCUGACUCCUGUGUUCCUCUGCUGCAGUGAAAGAAGAGAUGGGCUGUUUGGUUGUGUGGUGUGCAGAUGAGGCCCUCUGCUGGUCAGAAGGAAGCACAGCAGCAGGAAUGUUCCAUCAGAACAUUAGAACCACGUUAACCUUAAGGAAAAACAACCCAGAAAGAUGUGACUGUAGAUGGCGGGAGAUUUAAAGUUUUCCAGCCUUUUGUUGUUUCAUCCCUACUUUUUUAAAAUUUGCUGCUGCCAUCAAAUUCAAAAUGAGCUUAUUUUUUAGAUAAAAUAUGGGUUUAUGAGAUUUGACAUUGACUU